UGGAUGGUGAGUUGAAGAAAGAGAGUGAGAAUCAAAAGCCAGAACUUAAUUUGAUCAUACCAGGAAAAAUCGAUAAAAUUUAUGAUCAAAUAUUGUUUAUGUCGACAAAUAAUUAACAACGCAGAAUUAAAACAGAGUUUCACAAAAGCGAUUUAUAAUCCUAAAACAUAUUUGAAAAUGUAAAUAAUAUUUCCAAAUUCACAAUCACUGGUGUGAGUUUAAACUUUUAUGAGUGGAACUAGUUUAACAACCUUUCUAUAUAUUAGUUAAUUUUACGCGCCAGUUUGACCAGUUGUCACAACCCUCUGCUGUAGUACUGUACCGUCAUGGCUACGUCGUGGGUUACACAGUGCGAAGACUUAUCUAACACUGAUUUGGUUCAUAUCGCCAAACUUGCUGAGCAGGCUGAACGAUAUGAUGACAUGGCGGCAGCUAUGAAGCGUUAUACCGAGGCUUCGGGGACUUUAGGGAACGAAGAACGGAAUUUACUAUCAGUGGCAUAUAAAAAUGUCGUAGGUGCUAGAAGAUCAGCAUGGAGAGUGAUAUCCGGAAGUGAAACGAAAGCGGCGAAUGACCAUAUGAAAAGUCAAAUUGCAGAGGAGUACCGUAUUAAAAUAGAAAAAGAGUUGAAUGCAAUUUGUGAUCAGGUUUUGGUUUUGCUCAAAGAUUAUCUACUUGUACAGGAAAGUAACGACGAAAGCAAAGUUUUCUUUUUGAAAAUGCAAGGUGACUACAAUCGGUAUCUCGCUGAAGUCGCCAGUGAUAAGACUCGAGCUGAAGUCGUCCAAAGAUCAUUGGAUGCCUACACGAAAGCUACUGAGGCUGCCAAUAAGUUGCCUACCACUCAUCCAAUUCGUCUUGGUUUAGCUCUCAACUUCUCUGUGUUCUAUUACGAAAUACAAAAUAAUGCUCCUCAAGCAUGCGAAUUAGCCAAAAGCGCUUUCGAUUCAGCAAUAGCAGAACUAGAUCAGCUUCAAGAUGAUUCCUACAAAGACAGCACACUAAUUAUGCAACUUUUGAGAGACAACUUGACGAAAGGAUGGCAUAUCUUAGGUUUUUUGAACAUAUUCCAAAAAGUCUUAGAACAAGAGGAAGAACGACUUUAAAAAACUGCAAUUACCAAGUAUGUCUUGGAUACAGGAUAUCAGGUCGAUACCUUGCAAUUUAUCAAGGUGAUUAAUUAACAGCUAAGCUUCAAUCUUUUACAGCUUGCUAAAGGUAAUUGCUUUUCACAUUCUUCAUAUGAGCAGAAAUAUAACUUGUUACUCAUGAUUUGUUUGUUUUCAUCCUCUCCUCCGUUUAUCAGGACCACAUAGUUGUCUCUCGAGUCCCAUUCCGUCAAGUUUGAGUUUCAGAUUCUUGCAGUGGGUGCAUGUUUUGAAAUGUCAUUUAAACGAUUCACUAGUUUUUUAUGCUUUUAGACAGUCAUUUGAAGGAUAGAUGUAUGAAUUACUUUCCUCUUCCGCAUUUUUCGAUCCACGGUCGUUUCCGUAGUUAAGAUAUAUUUGUUUUAAAUAAACGAUUACAGUUUUCGUCUAGGCAUUUUAUCACCAUUUCACGCUUUUCCACUAUUCUGGG